GAGUUGGUUAUUAAUAUUUUUCGCCUUUUUGAUUGCAGAUGGGUAGGUUAUUUAUCUAAUCUCUUGAAGCUGUGAACUUGUUGUUGCUAAAAGAUAUGGGACAAAGAAACAUCCUAUGCACAAAUCAAAUGCUCGAUGGGGAAAUUCAUCAACUAGGCCAGCAUUAUCUCCAUCCUGAGCCCUGUAUUUUCUUGGGAAAUAUUGCUGAUUUUCCACGCCCUAAUAUCUAUCCAGUGUUAUCAGCUUCUGGAAACACCAGUAAUAUUGAUAAUGGUAUGUUUUAUGGGGCCCAAUAUAAUAGUCUUCAUCAUCAUCAUCCUAUGAUGACAAAUCUUGAUUUUGGUGGUGUUCCUGCAUCAAACUUCUAUGAUCCCUAUAUGAUGCCCUUGUCUGGUAGAAGAAACUUCCCUGUUCCAUUAAAUCAUGGCCCUGCUGAUCAGUUACCUUCUUCAAGCAACCAUGGAAUUAUUGGAGUUAGUUUGGCUGAAUAUGAAGGGAAUAAUUUCAUGGAUGGUGUUAGAGGCUCAUGCAAAAGAAAGAACGCAGAGGGCUUUCCAAGGAACUCCCAACAUGCCAACGGCUCGACAAGCUCCAGUUCAUCGUCCUCAGGCACCUCAUUGAGUACAGGGCUACACCAUUGGGAACAGCAAUUUGAAUCUGGUGCUGGAAUGCUUGAUAUUGCAUCUUUUCCUCCACCUGAAUUUGGAGGGAAUGGAAUUCCAUCAGUCACAGAAGGGGGACCUCGGAGAAGUGUGAGGAGCAGAUCCAGUCCUAUUGGCCUUCAGCGGGACUCCCCUCUUUUGCAUAACCAACAUCAUUUAAUUCAGGGGCAUUUUAUGGGUCAGUCCUUUCAGCCUGCCUGCAGUACCUUGGUGGAGCAACAGUUUGGUAGUAAUGGUGGAGAUGGAGGAGGCAUGUCAACCUGGAAUUAUGCACCAACUUUACCUUACUUGCAUGGCAGAAGUGUCACUGGAGGCUCUUUAGAGAUUGGGACUAUGGGUGCACAGGGAUACCAAGACACCACUAAUGGUGCAAAUUCUGCGGUUCUCUUUUAUCCUUCUUCCAUUUCACAUCAGCACAGCCAACAGCACCAUGAUCAUCAUCAUCAUCAUCCCCCACCUCCUCAAGUGCAAGGCAUGCCUAGUCACAAUUUUACUUACCAUCCGCAAGUACCUACACCUUCAUACUGGUAUCCUACGAACAAUACCUUUCACCACAGUAAUCUGAAUCCUCCUCAAGAUGAUACAGUGCCAGGGUUUGGGUAUCAGAGGCCCCUUCUACACACUGGCUUCAGGAUAUAUCGACCUCACCGGAGAGCGGUGCAGCAGACAGUGCCAGAAGAUGGCCACCGCCAACGUUUAAGGAUUCUGCCUGAAGAUGAGCUUGCCAUACUGGAUUUUUCAGGCUUUGGGAAUUUCAGUGACCAUCACAGUGACAUGCGGUUGGAUAUUGAUCACAUGUCAUAUGAGGAGUUGCUUGCCCUGGAGGAGCGUAUUGGUGAUGUAAAAGUUGGAUUGACAGAAGAAAACAUCAUUAGGCAUCUUAAGACAAGAUAUCAUGUGUCCCCUUCAACCUAUAUCAAUUUGGAUGACCCAUUAGACAUGGAUCAGGAUUCGGAAUCCUGCAUCAUAUGCCAGGAUGAGUAUGAGAACAUGGACAAGAUAGGGACUCUUGAUUGUGGACAUGAAUAUCAUGCAGAGUGUAUAAGGAAGUGGUUGCUUGUGAAAAACGUGUGCCCAAUUUGCAAAAUUUCAGCUUUGUCUGUGGAUGGCAAAGAUGGAUAGAAAGAUUGGAGGAUGGAAGGAAAAAAACCCCUCCCUCCCUCCUAAACUAAUCUCUGUUUAUCAGAGCUGGUGCUUUAUUGUGUAUACAUAUAUAAAUGAUUUAUUUUGACAUUGCCUGAACUAUUAAUUCUUUGGCUCCUUGGGGUAAGUAAGGUCCUUGCCCUUCCUGGUUUCCUUCCUCCCUCUCAUGUAAAAAUGUUAUUCAAUGUUCAUUCAAGCACUUUGCAGAAUGGACCUUAAUUAAGUAAUAAUGAAAGGAUAUUUCUUU